AUACUCGUUCGAGUGUAUCGGUAUCAUUACGAUGCCAUACUAAGGGCAACAUUAAUGGGGUAUGAUAGAGGAAGUCGUUAGGCUUUAUAUGAUUUUAUUUAAAUAAAAAUUGUAUAAUUUCGCUGGGACGGACGCGGUUUGUCGUUGGCUAACAUAUUUUUUUUUGUCCUUAGGUGAUACGUGUCGGCAAGGGAAUGGUGGAAGCGUUUUGGUUUGAGAAAUGAUUCACGUGUUGCCCUUUGGGCCUUGUCUCUUUGAGAAGAGAGAGAGAGAGUUGAAGAUCGAUGGCGGAAGGCGCGAUGAUCCCCAGCAACUGAAGAAGGGAAGCCAUAGCUUCAGGCAGAGGCUACUUCUCUGGACCCUUUCUUCGACGCCUAUCAUCAGGCAGAGGCUGAAUCCUAGCCUCCAACAUCACGAGAUGUCUCUCCUCCGCCUCUUCGAGACUGUCUCCGAUGACUGCGUCACACUUGCCCUCAUCCAGAUUAAAUUGACUGAUGUUACUGAUCCCAUGGUCAAUGAGAAGGUUGCUGAUCGGGUAGGAGAGGAUUUAGAAGGAGUUACCCACAAAGUUUACUUUGAUAUUCAGAUCAAUGGUUCACCUGAAUGAGUUACCCACAAAGUUUACUUUGUCCCCUCUUCUUCAUUGGGCGUAGAGGGAAAGAUUGUGGUUGAGCUGAUUUUGCUGGGCAAAUCUGGAUGCAGGGGCAAACAUUAUCUGAUUUUUUCUUAAUUGUUCUGUUCUUUUUUUUUUGGUUUCGGGUAUGUGGAUUUGAUUUUGUGAUCGUUGUUCUGAUUGUGCAAGGAGGAGUCUCUUGCACGUAGAACAUAGAAACUACUUUUUUAUAUAGUUUGUAAUCAAAGAUUUACUCUACUUAUUUC